AUGGGGCAAAUGGGGUUUCCAGUUUUAUGGUGUAAAUGGAUUAAAGGGAUCCUAACUUCGGCUAGGUCCUCGGUUCUUGUGAACGAGUCUCCUACGUUCGAAUUUAUAUGCUCUAAAGGGGUCAGACAGGGAGACCCGUUAUCGCCGUUUCUGUUCCUUUUGGUUAUGGAAGCCCUUUCCAGUAUUCUAGGCAAAGCUAGGAUUGUAGGGCUUUUCAAAGGAAUACAUACCCCUAAUAACGGUCCGGUCCUCUCGCAUCUUUUUUUCGUUGAUGAUGCUCUUUUGAUGGGGGAGUGGGAUAGGGUUAAUGUAGAGAACAUGGCGAGAUGCUUGAGAAUCUUCUAUCUAUGUCCGGGUUUAAAAAUCAACCUCCAAAAAUCUAACAUUUACGGGUUAGGGGUAGGUAAUAGUGAAGUGUCUGUUAUGGCUAAAGUGAUUGGGUGUAAGUCGGAUGAUAUCCCGCUUACUUACUUGGGGAUAAGGGUGGGGGCUAAUAUGAACAGUAUCAACAAUAGGUAUCCAGUGACUGACUGA